GCUCCCUCUCUUUGUUGGACAAGUAGCAUCAUCAGAGUGUGAGGAUGGGCAUUUAUGAAGAAAGAGGGGAACGGGUUGAACCGAAGAGGAAGCCCUUUAGCUGGAGAACCAAAUGCACAGUGCCCAACCGAGGACGUCCCUUGGAACUUGUUUAUGCUAUUGGGGGGCUGAGCCCUAAGGGCAAUGUCAGUGGUGUGGAGUGUUACAACCCCCUGGAACAUGAGUGGAAGGUUCUGGGCUCUGUCUCAAGGCAUCGGACUGGAGUUGGAGUAGCUCCCCUCAAUGGCUCCAUCUACGCAGUGGGAGGCCAUGAUGGCAUGGUGUGCCUCAGCAGUGUUGAGAGAUAUGAUCCACUACUCAACAGGUGGUGCAAGAUGGCACCUAUGAAUCGUUGCCGAAGGGGCCUAGGCUUGGCAGUACUGGAUGGCUACUUGUAUGCUGUUGGAGGAUCUGAUGGCUACUCUACAUUACAUUCAGUGGAGCGCUACAAUCCCCUGGAAGACAGGUGGACUCCCUGCCCUCCCCUGCAGACCUGUCGAGAGAACCUGGGUUGCGUUACCUUUCAAGGCAAGAUCUAUGUGGUUGGUGGGAGAGAUGACCUCACCGAGCUGUGCAGUGUUGAGAGAUUUGAUCCUCUUGCCAAUGAGUGGUCUGCUGUCAUGCCCAUGAAGUCAAGAAGGAGCAAGGUGAGCCUGGUUGCUGCCAAUGGUUACCUCUUAGCCAUCGGGGGUUAUGACGGCACUGUCCACGUAACCACUGUGGAAGCGUUUGACGUGGAGCUAAAUGGAUGGAGACGUUUUGGAAACACACAAACCUGUCAUCCAGGUGGAGGUGUCACUGUGAUCAAAAUGGCUCCUGAUUAUCUGGAACUUUCUGAGUCGCUUUGGAGCAGAUAAAAACACACACAACAGCAGCAAGUUCUGGACUUCCUUGUUUGGUGUUCAAUAUACAAUUGACACAUGAUGCAUUACUAAACUACAUGCUUGACCUCUUCCUGCUCUUUCCCCCUCUUUUGAUUGCGUCACCUGUGUCGAAUUUUAGAUUGUAAGCUUCUUGGGGCAGGGACCCCUUGCAAAAUGCCCAUGCCCAUUGGUGCCACUAUAUCAAUAAUAAGCAGGUGACAAUGACACGAUGCUGAUGCUUUAAGAGUUAGUUCUGUGUAUCCCAGAAUAUAUUUAGUUUGUCCUUUGCCUGAAAGUAACUGAAGCUUUGCAGGGGGUGGACUAGAUGUCUUGGUAGUACCUUCAAACUCUACAAUCUUAUGCUUCAACUGUUUAAUUUGGAGAGGUUUUUACAUAGUUUACUGGAGGAGGAAGACUCAUCUUUUUCCGUCUGGCAAUUCUUUAUUUAAUGCCUCCCCUCUGCCCUAAACCACAAAAUGAAGAAACACAUUCACUUCCAGGCCCACUGAAUAUGCCUCCUGAGUUUAUCUUCAGAAAGGCAUGGGAGACAGACUUAAUAUAAGGCACUAGUCACUAACAUGGUGCUCAUGGGCACCUACAGAAGUCUUCUAAGGUGUCCACAGGAUCCCCUCUUCUGCCCAUCUUCCAGCUGCAAUUAGUUCCCUAACAGGGAUAUAGGAAGCUACCUUAUAUUGAGUCCAGCUAUCCCAGUACUGUCUACACUGGCUGUCAGCAGCUAUCCAGAAUUUUUAAGGAAGAAGGACUAAUUUAUUGGCCAAGUACCAAACAUACUUGGAAUUUUGCUUCGACUACAUUGCAGUGUAAACGUACCUUAUACAAACACUGUUCCACUCACAAUACAAUAGCACAGCAAACGAACCCCACCCAUAACUGGCCUCCCCUUCUGCUACACAACUAUGAAUUUAACAAUUUGAUGGCACAAGGGAAAAACCUUUUUUCCUGUGCCUAGUCGUUUUUGUGUAUAGAGCCCUGUAGCGACGUCCAGAUGGAAGUAAGUCAAACACAUGAUGACCCGGAUGCAAAGGAUCUGCGUCAAUUCCCUCUGCUCUCUUCCUAGUUCGGACAGCAUAACGUGUCUCUAUUGAAGGCAAACUAACACCAAUUACCCUUUCUGCAAUUCUUACUGCUCGUUUCAGCCAAGAGUGUACCUAGAUAUGCUGGGAACUGAACCUGGCAUCUUUUCUGCUGUGUCACUGUGCUCCUGUCCUUCUCUAACACAUGAUGUAAGAUUCCAGCCCUCAUGGUUCUGAACAAAGGGUUGAAUUAAGUAGGAAAAUGGGAAAGCUGUCUUACAGUGAGUCAGAUGACAUGCUUCAGUAUUGACUACACUGACUUGCAUCAACUCUGCAGGGGUUUUAAGGCAGGGCAUAUUCCUUGCCCUACCUGGAGAUGUUGGGGAUUGACCACAAGACCUUCUGCAUGCAAAGCAGGUGCCCUCCUGCUGAGCUAGAGCCCUCCCCCUUAGCCCAUAGAAUAAGUGGCCCAUGGGCUUGUGUGGUGCCCAGAGAUUCCAAAAAGUCAGCAAAUUUUAAUGUAAAUACAAGCUAGAUUAGGGGAGGCAGGUAUUUCUUAUAACUUUGCUGUGCCACAAGAGAGAAAUUGCCCAGAAGCAAAUUUAUGAGUGCUGUUGGAAGCUAGGCGCUAAUGAACAGGCGUUAUUGCUAGUCCCCAAAUGGCGAGGCUCUGCUGUUUGGCUAAACAUAAUAAACACAUUUUCAUUAAAGGGCGGAAUUAGAAGCUGGUCUCAUGCUCACCACUCACCACUCACUAGAGGGCACGGCUGCAUUAGUAGAUUCACCCAAGUUCGCCGUUGUGGUUACACUCUGAAUUCCUAUUGCCUUUUAAGCGGAAAGGUGGGUUCUAUUCUCUUUUGCUUUGUUUUUAGGGAGGGGGUUUUGAUCGAAGGGAUAUUUCAAAAUGUGGGUGUGGAGUUGCUAGUCUUUAUCCCAAUCAUCAAAACCACCCCCUGUCUAUUAUUCUGUUUAAUGCAAAGCAGAGCAGAUUGCAAUCUCUGCUGCUGUGACCUUAGGCCCCAAGGCUUAGGGAGACCAGUAUACGUUCUCUUCAAGAACGUUAAAACUGUUGUUUUUAUUUUCUUUUAAGUGUGGUGCAUGUAAAGCGAAUCUUCCCAUCCUGCUAUGCUGUUUCCCCUUGAGUGUCUUUCGAUGUCCUGAAAGUUUAAACAUUGCUAGUAUCUAUAUUUAUAGCCAGUGGGGGCUGGUGGCCAUUGGGCAGAUGGAAAAGAAGGCAGGAAUCCCCACAGCAGGCGGCAGCAGAGCCAAUGAUGGGCAGAGCCAACGAAUUCUUCUUUUGUCCCCAUCCUCCUCCUCCUCUCUACUGUGUUCUACAAGGGGCAACUCUGAAACUAAGGAGGAGGAAGCAGGCAGGCAGGGCCACCCCCUGGACAGGAUGUAAGUAAGAAGGGAGACAGGUGGGGAGUUCCUGAGGACUGGCUGAGGUUGGCAGGGCAGUGCCCCUAUUUGCUCCCAUACAUCAGCCUCCACUGCAUGUAUCUAAAUCAAGGGUCCCAAUGAAGUUCACUCAUAUCCCCUUUGAGGCAACCACCAGUGUGGUGUAGUGGUUGCAGUGUAGACCCCCCAAAGUGUCCCUAUUUUCUAGGGACGGUCCCAGGUUUACAGAAGGCGUCUCAGUUUCUGAUUUGAUCCCAGAACGUGCUGCAUUUCCUUAGGAAGUUCCUAUUUUCAUCAGAGAAAUG